AUGGCACCGUCUGGGCAACCUUCCUCUAAUGGAACUGGUACCGAGCCGUUCCCAAGUCUCGACAAUACAUCAACCGGCAUCAAUACAACAACUCAGCCUCCUGUCGAAAACCGUCCAGCAGCAUCUUCAUCUUUGAGCGGUCGCCUUCGCAGAGUUUCUCAAAGCUUUGAAGUUUCCGACCCCCCCGGAGGGUUUAUGGCUGCCACAGGAACCAUCGCAUCAUCUAUAUUCUCAGGACAGACCGUGGCGCGUAGACCGUCGGAAACCUCGAUACCGAUGCAAACAGGCCGCGCCCUUGGGGAUUCGUCCAGACAGAGCACAUUUCCUGUCGUCAACGAAGAAGCUCCCGAAGAGAAGGCCAGCGCGAGCGUUGUUUCUCCGAGGCGAAACCUCACUGGAGAGCCCACUGAAGCCGCCCCUUUUAACAAUGGAUAUCACUUUCCGCCCAAGCAUUCAACCGGACAAUCUACCAAGCUCGGACUGAUUGCCUCCUGGAACUAUGUCAGAACGCCUACAGGCUUUCUCGUUACGCUCUAUGGCCUUAAUGUUGUCGCCUGGGGAGGCAUGCUCUUCUUGCUGCUUUGCAAUGCCUCACCAGCGAUGUGCGUUCCGACUUGUAACGACAUCAACUCGCCCAGACGGAAGUGGAUUGAAUGGGAUUCUCAAAUCUUGAAUGCUCUCUUCUGUGUUACUGGCUUUGGGCUUGCGCCCUGGCGCUUCCGUGAUCUUUAUUACCUCCUCCAGUAUCGACUACAGAAGAAGGAAGUCGCUCUUCGACGCUUGGCAGGUAUCCAUCGAGGAUGGUUUCGCCUUCCGGGGUCUGACCAACUCGACCCUCAGACAGGCCCCCAUAACAUCUCGUCAACACCCGAACUUAGCUCAUCGCUUGCGUGCCCAUUUCCCGAAGACAAGAUUCCCGACGCUCCCUUGACUGGAGUACGCGCCCCGCCAACACCUAUCAAGAAAUUGGAUAUCGUCAUAUGGUUGAUGGUAUGGAACACGUUUUUGCAAUGUGUUUUGUCCGCUUUCAUGUGGGGGUUGAACCGGUACGAUCGUCCUAGCUGGUCCACCGGUCUAUUUGUUGCACUCGCCUGUAUCGUCGCUGCCAUCGGAGGCAUCGUCAUGUUCAUUGAAGGAAAGAAGGUCAAGGGUAUUGAAGGUGUCCCUAUCAGCGAUGAAGAUCGGAAACUUUUGCAACAAGACCGAGAACGUGGCGUGUGGCAUUUCAACAACAUCAAGGACAAGGACCUGGCUGCUGAGGAAGAAAAGAAGAACAAAAAGGCAAAGAAGUGA